GGUCGGUUUUGGAUAUCCCAAUCUGUCUCUCUGACGUCCCCUGAUUAUAGAUGGCCAUCCUCCAUAAAGUAAAUUCCCUUCGAAAACACCUUUCUUGAACCCACUCCUCUAUGCUUUCUUUAAGAGUUGACGAUGACUCCUGGAAGAUAAUCAAGCUAUCAAUGCCCUUCUUUCUUUCCAUUCCUAUAAAGAGAUUCUUUGCACGUCCCACACCUUUUUCUUUUGAAGUAUUCCAACCCCGUGUACAAAUAAAUGCCACCUAUUUGAUUCUUCAUUCUCACUUCAUCAUCUCCAAUACGCCAUACAUACCAAGCACACAUCUCUUUGUUCCUCUAUCUUCCUUAUUUCCUCAUGAUUCCCGAGUUAGAGAAACCUCGAGUCACUGAGAUACAGGUCCGAAUGGACUGCAAUGGGUGUGUACAAAAGAUAAAGAAAGCACUACAUGGCAUUAAUGGUAUAUAUGAUUUCUACAUCGACUUCUCUCAACAGAAAUUAACAAUAAUAGGGUGGGCAGAUCCAGAAAAAAUUGUCAAAGCCCUUAAGAAGACAAGGAAAAUUGCUACCAUUUGUUCACACAUGGUACCAACAGAGCCCCCUGCUCCACCAACAGAACAAGCACCUCAGGAAGGUGGUGGACCAGCCCCUGAUGCACCGAACCCUCCCCCACCAGAAGUACCGCCAGCCGAACCAGCCCCACCACCAGAUCCACCAAAAGACCCCCCAGCACCACCUGAGAAUCCACCAGCAGACACUGCACCACCACCUGGGGUUCCAGACAAUAACGUAAGCCAACCAACAGGCAAACCCACUGGACCAAAAGACGUAGGAGAGGUCCAUGUAAUAUACCGCCAUCCACCUGACCAUGGCUACAAAUACAAUUACAGUCAAGGUUAUAGUGGAGAUCAGCAUAAGUACCAUACAGGCCAAGGAUUGCCACAAGAGCCACCUCAACCCAUGUAUGUUACACACAACUACAACACAUACAGGCCAUCGCCUUAUGUCACCGAAUAUGAAUAUGUCCAGUCACCGCCACGACGCAUACAUUACAAUAGGAUGGACCACUACAGUGAUGACAACCACAAUAACAACAGUAGCAAUGUAAACAUCAUAUCAAUAUUUAGUGAAGAAAAUCCAAAUGCUUGUAGGAUAAUGUAGAAAAAAAUAAAGGCCUGUAAGGGUGCUCUUUCCCAUGCCUCCCAAAGAGACUUGGAAGAAAAUUAA